AUGACCGCUACCACUCCUACUGAAUUGGGCACUCUCGAACCGCCGCGACCCUCCAUUCCUCAGGAUGGUUUGGUCACAUCAGGGGAGCCUGCCUCUCGCACUUCACCUGAGCCAACCCAGACUGACCUUCAGGGCUACUAUGUUGGCCCAUCCUCUGGGAUGUCAUUUCUUUCACGAAUCCAGAAACGGUUCGACGAGACGGUCUCGUUCCCCCAUGGUUUAUCUGUCUUUAAUUUUGGAGAUGCUCCAUUGCCUUAUGGUGAAACCUAUUCCAACUCGUCAGAUACCGCGCAAUCCCCCCUCGAUCCGUCCUUCUUCUUUCUACUAAAGCGAGACGAUACUGCCCGUCUAGUCGAGAGAUACUUCGACUUUGCGGUCCCCGUGGACCGCUUCCUGCAUCGACCAACGAUCGAGCAACGACUCGACGAAUUCUACGAGACUGAAGGCACAAUGCGUGAUAAGGAUACGGCGCCUGCAGAGACAGCUGUGCUUUUCAUGGUCUUCGCCAUCGCGCAAGAACAUAUGGUUGCUAAAUUGUCCCCGUCAGGAGUCAGUACAAGUGUGCGAUACUUCCAAGCAGCGAACCGCCAACUAUCCAUAGAGCAGGGUGCUGUGAGGCUCGCAAGCGUUCAAGCCCGUCUCUGCCAAUGUCUCUGGCUCCUCUCACAGUCACGAAUAAACCAUUGUUGGAGCCUCUUCGGUACGGUCGCACGCUUAGCUCUUGCUCUUGGCCUACACCGCAAUCGAAACGCAAGAUCCGACUCCAUGUCCCAGGUCGAGAUUGAGUGCCGUCGGAGGACCUAUUGGAGCGCUUACAGCCUCGAUAAUUACCUUAGUACGGCCCUGGGAAGACCACGGAUCUUUCACGACAGAGAUAUCGACCAAGAACUCCCCUCCUGUAUAGAUGAUGAUGAUAUCGAUAUCGACAGCAUGGAAAAGUCUGUGCCCUCUCCUACGCGGGGGUUGUCCAUCACAUCUGGUCCCGUUGCCUACGCGAAGUUAUCCCGGAUACUCAGUGGCAUAUUGAUCGACAUUUACUCGAUUCAGUCCAUGACCAUCACCCAGCGUUUUGCUCACACAGCCAAAUACAUGAAAGAGCUCAAAGCUUGGCGAUCUGAUAUGUCUAAUUUUCUCGAUCAAGACGUGUCAAAUGCUGCGCCAUUAAUCUUGAUCUACCAGCGGCAGCGGAACGUCCUUAAUCUUGCCUAUUGGCAUACCGUGAUACUGACCAAUCGACCAUUACUGCUCACUAACUUCGCGAGACUUACCAGCAGCUCCCGGCGGCGGCAGGUUGAGCAGGACGAGCGAAGAGCACAGUUCGAUGACAGCGCUAUGGAAUGCCUCAAUGCCGCGAUGAAAAUCGUUGGUAUAGUGGAUACACUUGUUCGAGCAAAGCAGCUGUUUAGAGCAUUCUGGUUCACACCUUAUUUUGCUUUCUCUGCCUGCGUCAUCUUAUACGUCUACACCAUCCAACGGAGCAAAGACGAAGAAGACGUUUAUCGCCCAUACUUUACAGCUGCAGAGCGCUGUCAGCAGCAAAUCAGAGAAAUAUCUGAUGAAGGAACUCUGACUUCUCGGUAUUGCCUCGUUUUAGAAGAGCUCCGUGCAGAGGCUGCUAGGCAAACAGCCCGAGCUCAGUCUUCCCAUCAAGCGAUGCAAAUACACACGUCACCUGAUGCGAGGCCUGGAGAUUUUGACGCCCUCGCACCAAAUACCGAGGAACUAGCAGCGACGGACUUUAGCAUGAACGUCCCUGAUCUUGCAACAAUGAGUUCAUUGGAUGACUUGUAUGUCAGUCCAACAGACUCUCUGGAAGAUCUGACAGGCUGGGGCCAAUUUGAUUCCAUGGUGGUAUCUGGCUUUAAUGGUUUAUAUCCGUUGUGA